CUGUGGGCAAACACAUAAAGGGAAUAUACAUUUCUUUGCACACGAGUAAAAAUGUACCUCUCCCCUCUGGUCAAUGAAAGUUAUUUGCAUAUUUGGCAAUUCGCAGCCAUUUUGAGAACCUAACCCCCAGUGAAUUUUAAAGGCAUGCUGUACAUGCAAAUUUAAGAAUGUUAUUUUGUAUUUGGUGAAUUAUAAUUAUUGCAACUCCACUAUACUCUGAGCAAUUUAGAAUUGAGCUAAAAAAAAUAUAGUUAACUAAAUGCCUUUUAUGGCAACUUGUGUAUUUUAUUGACACAUCCCAGAUAUUUAUGUUUAAAGUUUUUGUUUCAGGAACAUGAUGCUCGAGAACUAGAAUGGGGCAAAGAACGUUUGAAGCAGGAGAAGGAGCGGCAACGACGGAAACGCCUCAAACAGAGUGAAAAAGCUGAAGAAGAUCAGGGAGUUGGUGGUGAGGGACAUCGUAGUGAUGGUGAAGAGGGUGCACAGGGAAGUGAUGAGGAUUCUAGAAACUCUAAAAUGAUUGCUGAAUCUCUUGUGAGUAAGUUUCAACACCCAUGGCAGGAUGGGAAAAAUAAUUUCUCUUGGGUGAAGUACCUGGAACAUUGUGGACGUGCUAAAGGACUGACAAAAGCUGCACCUCUGAAAAUAUGGCCAGAGCCCUUUCCAUUUGGUAGAAACUUGUUUAAACCUGGCAUGAAACUAGAAGCCAUUGAUCCAAAUCACCAGUCUUUGUUUUGUGUAAUGACAGUGGCAGAAAUCAUUGGAUAUAGACUAAGAGUUCACUUUGAUGGUUACUCAGACCAAUAUGACUAUUGGAUUAAUGCAGACUCUCCAAACAUUUUUCCUGCUGGCUGGUGUGAGAAGAACGGCCGACAAUUGGAACCUCCUCUUGGGGUUAUAGGCUUUUCUUGGAAAGCAUAUUUAGAACAUUGUAAAGCCCAAACUGCACCAAGACAAGCUUUCUUCAAUAGAGGAAGUUCUACUAUAAUUCCUCCAAACAAUUUUAGAGUGGGUAUGAAACUUGAGGCAGAGGAUCGUAAGAAUAUGUGGGUGUGUGUAGCAACAGUGGCUGACGUGUUAGAUAACUGUGUCUUGAUUCACUUUGAUGGAUGGGACAAGGCCUUUGAUGUGUGGAAUGAAGUGUCCUCACCAUAUAUCCAUCCUGUAGGUUGGUGUGCAGAGAACAAUAUUGUUCUUCACCCCCCUAAUGAUUAUCCAAAUCCAGAAAGUUUUAAUUGGCAUGAAUACCUCCAAGAAACUAACUGUAUGGCUGUUCCAGCAAGGGCCUUUAAGACAAGACCUCCUAGAGAAUUUAAGAAAAACAUGAAAUUAGAGGUCAUCGACAAGCGGAACCCUGCCCUUCUGCGUGUUGCCACUGUUGUUGAUGUUCAAGAAUAUCAAUUGAAGAUUCACUUUGAUGGAUGGGGUGAUGAGUAUGAUUACUGGGUAGACGAUGAUUCCCUAGAUAUUCACCCACCAUCAUGGAGUAACAAAACUGCUCAUCCACUCCAGCCACCUCUUACUCCUGAACAACAAGCAGAGGAUGUAGACUCUGGGAUGGGUUGUGGAACUCCAGGGUGUAAAGGAAUUGGUCAUAUCAAGGGCCCAAUAUAUACUACUCACCAUACUGCCUAUGGUUGCCCUUAUUCAUUACAGAAUAUUAACAAGGAUCUUGAAAGCAUAAUUCCAGACAGAUUACAGUAUCCACCUGAAAGAAAAAAGAGUAAGGUUAGUACAAAAGUCAAAUUAGAUCUUCGUUCGUAUGGUGGAAAGGAAGGAAAUGGUGAAGUGGAGGAAGGAGACUGCCAGAAAAAACGUGUUAGAAAAAGAAGAAAAUUCUUUGAUGAACUGAGCCCUCCAGAACCAUACAGACCACAAAAACUUCCAAAGCUCGGUAAUAAUAAUAAUAACAUUAAUGAAGAAAUAAGGCUAGUAGCAAGUACAAACACAGUAAUGUCUAGUGUAGUCGCAACAUCCACAGUUAUAUGCUCCUCCAGUCUUAUGCCCUCCACGUCCACACAACAGCCACCUCUAACCCAUAUCACUCAACAACAACCACCUCCACCAGCCCAGCCACCUGAUCAUGGUGUGGAUAUGAUGGUACACCAAUCAGUCUUUAAUCCAGGUUACAAUCCACACCCAGCAGCUCCCUUGCCACACUCAUGGGAACGCCACCGCCAUCUCACUGCUUCACUUGGUGAUGCUAAGCGAUCUGAUGUGGAAUCAUGGAAUGCAGAGCAAGUCCAGCAGUUAAUAGCACGAAUUCCUGGUUGUGAGCAAGUGGCAUCAGUGUUUAUUGAGCAACAGAUUGAUGGUGAGGCCCUCUUAAUGAUGACUCAAAAUGACCUGGUUACUUUAUUACACAUAAAAUUAGGUCCAGCAAUCAAGAUAAUGGCAGUUAUUAUGUGUUUGAGAAACUCUGCAUAAAAGUAACAAGGUAUGUGCUACUUGUAUUUUGCCAGUAACCGCUACCAUGCACUGCAAUGAAUCAUAAAUGAUGGUUCUUAGCAUUUCUGUGUACUGUACUGUAGAUGGUAUUGGCAUUCUUCAGCAUUUUGAUAUUCAGUGCAGGGAAAAGCAGCUCAAGAAAGACUUUUACAUGUGAUAUAUUUAGUGAAGCUCAAUUUACUUUAGUGUGGCAAGUGUCACAACAGUUUUGUAGAGCUUAUAGAGCAAUUAUGUACAUAUCUUCACUAAUUAUGCAAUGUUCAGUGUCCACAUUCCAGUAUCUUGUAACUGUUUUGAAGGAUCAUAUCAUACUGCAUUAUUAGUUCAUACUGAUGAUGCUACUAGUCAUUCUGUGUUGAAUAUGUCAGCAACAAACUGCCGUAAGCUUCACUUGAGUGUUGUACAUAAGUGUUGUGUUCAUUAUUUCCCUUCAGGUUUUUGUAACUUUUCUAUUUAUGUGGAAUUUUGUCCUUCCACAAAGUUUGACAAUCAGUUUAUGAACUCUUAAUAUAUUCUUAUUUAAUUGGUGUUGAUUCUGUGGAGCGUGGACUGUGAUUCUCAUUCUGCCGUGUAGAUGCUUUACAUGGAUCUUGAGCCUUACUUUAUUGAAUUUGCUGUAACUAUCAGUUGAUAGCAAAGUCACUUGUAUGGCAGCCCUAAAUUUGUAACACUAACUAGGGUAAAACUAACAGAAAUUAAAGGCAAAUGUAAAUACUGUACUUAUGUUGAUCCUAUUAAAAAUAGUUUAAUUGUGAUCUUUUUAUCCAUAUUGUACUGCCAUGUUAAUUAUAAUAUUUAAUCAAUUAUAAAAGUAAAAGAAAGUUUGGGUUACAGUGUCUACUACAGUUCUGUAGUAAGGCAGUCUCUUGGUACUUGGCAAGGAGUGAUUAACUUUGUCCCGACAAUAUAAUACAUAAUAAUUUUUAUAAGAAACUCCAUCCAUGUCCCAAGGAUCAUGCCUUGUUGGUGGUCUACAACAGUUCAGCUUGGUCUGGGGAACCUGCAUUUUCAGAUGACAAAAAUGUUUUCUGAAAUGUCAAAAUGAUGGAAACUGGGCUGAGACAAUUUUUUAUAACAAGCUGUUGCACUAUGAGAUUACAAAGAUAUUCUGUGUAUAUAAUAUAUGCGAACUUCUGCCCAGCUGAUGUUAUUAUAAUGAGAUAAAUCUGUAUGUACUUUUGGUGCAUAAAAGACUAAAAAACAUUA